AUGGCUAACAUAUCUGCUGACUUGGUUCAAUAUCGAGGCCUUUUCUUUAUGGCCUUUAUAAUGGGCAUUGGGAGCACCUUUCAGUAUGGUUAUCAAAUCUCUGUGCUGAAUUCACCGUCUCCGUUCAUUAAACAAUUUAUCAAUGAGUCUUGGAUGAGAAGACAUGAAACCACGAUAACUCAGGGAACACAUACACUGAUCUGGUCAUUGACAGUGUCUGUAUUCAGCAUUGGUUGUCUUAUUGGGUCGGUUUCAUCAGGAUACCUAAGUGGAAAACUUGGAAAGAAGAAAUGCAUGCUCUAUAACACAUUCCUGCCUCUAAUCAACACAGUUCUUAUGGGUCUGAGCCAAACUGUGGGCCUCUUUGAGUUGAUUAUUGUUGGCCGCUUCCUCUGUGGCAUAUAUGUAGGUCUUGGACUGAAUAUCCAUGCUCAGUACAUAGGGGAGAGUGCACCCAGAAAACUGCUUGGCUUUUUAAAUUGCCUGGCUCCCAUGUUUGUAACACUGGGCAAACUGUGUGGGCAGAUUGUUGGAAUCAGGGAGUUGUUUGGGACAGAAUUGAUGUGGCCUUACAUCCUUGUCCCCAGCGGAAUCACAUCCCUGGUCCAGCUGAUUACACUGCCUUUGUUCCCAGAAACCCCUCAUUACCUUCUGCAGGUCAAGGGUGACAAGGAAGCCUGUGUGAAAGCCCUGAAACAACUAUGGGGGGACAGAGACCACCAGGCAGAAAUAGAAGAAAUGAUAGAACAGCAAAGAGCCCAGAAGAAGACUGGAAACAUGGGUAUCCUUGAGCUGUUAAAGGACCCUUCCCAUCGCUGGCAGCUCUAUUCUAUGAUUGGCUUGAUCCUCACUAUGCAACUUUCUGGUGCCAAUGCAAUUUACUUUUACUCCUAUGAUGUGUUUCGAGCAGCCAACUUUCCACCGGACAAGAUUUCCUAUGUCUCCAUAGGAGUUGGGGCCUUUGAAUUUGUAUCUGCCAUGGUCUGCAGUCUGCUUAUUGAACACUUUGGGAGGAAGUUUCUAAUGUUGGGUGGAUUUAGUCUCAUGUCUCUCAUCCUGGGACUUCUCACAGUGACUCUUUCUCUGCAGGACUCCUACCUAUGGAUGCCCUACUGCAGUGUUGCCCUUGUUUUUUCCUUCAUUUUCGUGUUCGGAGCUGGCCCAGCUGGUUCCAUUUUCACUACCUGUGUUGAAAUUUUUGCACAAGCUCCCCGUGUUCCAGCUUUAGCUGUUUCUGGAGUAUUCAGCUGGGUAGGACUCUACAUCCUGGGAAUGAUCUUCCCCUAUCUGGUGGGGACUCUUGGGCACUUCUGCUUCCUUCUAUUCAUUGCAGUUAUGCUGAUUUCUUCAACAUUAGCAUUCUUUAUUGUUCCUGAAACAAAGGGCAAAUCAAUAGCACAAAUUUCACAGGAAUUCAACAAGUUCAACUUUAGGAGACAACACAGGAAGAACCUUUGUGAAGACAAGGAGUAUGUCCUUAGUACCAGACUGUGA